AUGCAAGCGACGCCCCCCUGGGUCAGGUCGCCCCCCAGGUGCCCGCCGAGCGCGCGCUCGCUGCCGGAUGAGGGUGGGAGCGGGCGCCGAGCCGCGAACGAAAGCGGUCAGAUGAGCGGUGGGGGCGACUAUAACUUCAGGCGGGUGGCGAUUCGGCGGAAGUCCAACCCCUCCUACCUGCCGCUCGGGACCCCGCGACCCUGGAGUCGGCCGUCGUCGCACCUGGCUUGGGCCCAGUCAGCCACGUCCAGGGGCCAGGCCACGGCAGACGCCCCAGGCAGCAGUAUCUGUCCAAAGAUCACUAUAGUUCCACCCUGCUUGAAAAGCAGCACAACCGCACUGAUUGAUCAGAAUGCAUCUGAUGAAGAGGCUCAGGGAAUAAAUGGGAAAACGCCAGCAAAACACUUAGCUGCAAGUCCAAAGCCACAAGUGCCUCCAAAGCCACUACACCUGCAGAAUUUACCUUCAACCAAUAUUCACCAAACUCCUAGGCAUAAAGCUUUAUCUAGUGCAAAACCAAGGAUGGAGGAAGUUAAACCUGCCUCUGCUUGUGUCUCAAAGGAAAAGCCCAGUAAGGUAUCAGAUCUCAUCAGUCGCUUUGAAGGAGGCAGCGCUUUAUCAAAUUACAGCGAUUUGAAAAAAGAUUCUGCUGUGAACCUAAAUCCUCCUAGAACCCCAGGAAGGCAUGGAUUGACAGCCACACCUCAGCAGAAACUCCUUUCCCAGCACUCACCACAGAAGCAGGGAAAUGGUACAGAUCAAUCUCAGGGUGAACAGACUUGUGUGGCAAAUGGUAUGGUAGCAGCACAAAACCAGACGGAAUGUGAGGAGGACAGAGCGGCCACUCUUAGCCCAGAUACUCCUAUUCAAACUUCUGAACCCUUGCCCGAUACAAACUUAAUGAAUGGAGAAAAACAAGAAACAGCCACAGGCCCGGCAUCACCCACAACAAAUAACUGUCAUGAAGAUCCUUCUGACAGUAGCUGCAGGACUUUACAUGCCAGCCCGAUGCUCCCACUGGAAGAAGAAAGGACAGAUACAGAAGCCAAGGUACAAGAGAGGGAAAGUGAAGAAAGCCCCCUAGAACUGGAACAGCUGGACCAGCACCAUGAGAUGAAGGAGACUGAUGAGCAAAAACUUCACAAAAUAGCCAAUGAACUUUUGCUAACAGAAAGAGCUUAUGUCAGCCGACUUGAUCUCUUAGAUCAGGUAUUUUAUUGCAGACUAUUGGAAGAAGCAAAUCGAGGUUCAUUUUCAGCAGAGCUGGUGAAUAAAAUCUUUUCUAAUAUUUCAUCAAUAAAUGCCUUCCAUAGUAAAUUCCUAUUGCCAGAGCUGGAGAAAAGAAUGCAAGAAUGGGAAACUACCCCUAGAAUUGGUGACAUCCUUCAGAAAUUGGCACCAUUCCUUAAGAUGUAUGGAGAAUAUGUGAAGGGAUUUGAUAACGCAAUGGAAUUGGUUAAAAACAUGACAGAGCGCAUUCCCCAGUUCAAAUCAGUAGUUGAAGAAAUUCAGAAACAGAAGAUCUGUGGGAGCUUGACUUUGCAGCAUCACAUGCUAGAACCUGUUCAGCGCAUUCCCCGGUACGAGAUGCUCCUUAAGGACUACCUAAGGAAAUUGCCCCCUGAUUCUCCGGACUGGAAUGAUGCUAAAAAAUCACUUGAAAUUAUAUCUACAGCAGCAAGCCAUUCUAAUAGUGCAAUAAGAAAAAUGGAAAACCUAAAGAAACUGUUAGAGAUUUAUGAAAUGUUGGGAGAAGAAGAAGACAUUGUAAAUCCUUCAAAUGAAUUAAUAAAAGACGGACAGAUCCUCAAACUAGCUGCUCGGAACACAUCAGCACAAGAGCGCUACCUUUUCCUAUUCAACAACAUGUUGUUAUACUGUGUGCCAAAAUUCAGCUUGGUGGGCUCUAAGUUCACUGUUCGAACCAGGGUAGGCAUCGAUGGAAUGAAAAUUGUAGAGACUCACAAUGAAGAAUAUCCACACACUUUCCAGGUAUCUGGGAAAGAGAGAACACUGGAACUGCAAGCCAGUUCUGAGCAAGACAAAGAAGAAUGGAUCAAGGCACUUCAAGAGACUAUUGAUGCUUUCCAUCAGAGGCAUGAAACUUUCAGAAAUGCAAUUGCCAAGGAUAAUGAGAUUCACUCAGAGGUUUCUACUGCUGAGCUAGGGAAAAGAGCUCCAAAAUGGAUCCGAGAUAAUGAAGUUACCAUGUGUAUGAAAUGCAAGGAGUCUUUUAAUGCCCUGACAAGAAGAAGGCAUCAUUGUCGAGCAUGUGGACAUGUGGUUUGUUGGAAGUGUUCUGAUUAUAAAGCUCAACUUGAGUAUGAUGGUGGUAAAUUGAGCAAAGUCUGUAAAGACUGUUAUCAAAUAAUAAGUGGAUUCACAGACAGUGAAGAAAAGAAAAGGAAAGGAAUUUUAGAGAUUGAAUCAGCGGAAGUAUCUGGAAACAGUGUGGUGUGCAGCUUUCUGCAGUAUAUGGAAAAGUCAAAACCUUGGCAGAAAGCUUGGUGUGUGAUCCCCAAACAAGACCCUCUCGUGCUGUACAUGUACGGUGCUCCCCAGGAUGUCAGAGCCCAGGCCACCAUUCCACUCCUGGGCUAUAUUGUGGAUGACAUGCCAAGAAGUGCAGACCUGCCACACAGCUUCAAACUGACCCAGUCUAAGUCUGUGCACAGCUUUGCUGCCGACAGUGAGGAACUGAAACAGAAGUGGCUGAAAAUCGUCCUUUUAGCUGUCACAGGUGAGACGCCAGAUGGUCCUAGCCAGCAUCCAGACACUUUGGACGAUCAUCUUGAACCUAAGAGAAAAUCAGAAUGCUAA